AUGACUCUUGGACAGAGCGACUCCGAAGCUGCCAAGCAGCACAUCAAGCCCGACAUCUUCAAUGUCACGGGCAACACCCACGGUCACGGGCACGACGCAUUCCGCCAGGACACGAGUGGCGUGACGAACGCCCUCAAGCCUAGUGGGAAGCAGAGUUUGGGCGAUCAGGCCGAGCAGCUGGUCGACAGGGCCCAGGCUGGAGCCCAGCCGAACGACACCAAGUCUGUCACUCAACAAACACGGGAUUAUGUAACCCCUGGUAACGACUCGGCCGGUGCCGGGGGUAUCUUGAACCAGAUCAAGAACAAGAUUACUGGUAAUGAGCAUAAGGGGACUCAUUGA